GAGCGGGUCUCUGGUCUUGUGGCCAGGGUGAUUUGGGCGUUCCUUGGCGGGGCCGAUGUGGUACACGGGGUUAUUGAGGGAGGUGAAAGGUAUAUAAGAGAUCGGGGAGCGGUUGAGGACAUCAGCCCAUCUCCUGGUAUCGAUAUCCACCCAGCCAUGACCGUCAUCCAGCAAUCCCGCAGGUACCAUGACUCCGACGCGCCGUACUCUGUCCCCAACGACGAGCCCGAAUGGGAGAGGCUUGACGACAUGACCAGAGGCUUCAGAGCCUACAUGGACGGCAAAUUGACGCUCGCCCCUCUGGAGAACCCCAAGAAAAUCCUGGAGAUUGGCGCUGGAUCUGGUGCAUGGGUCAUACAGGCCGCUGAGACUUACCCCGACGCUGAGGUCGUCGCGGUGGACGUCUCCGAUUUGCCACCCAGGCCGUUCCCAUCUAACGUGCGCUUCGUCAAGCACAACGUGAUUGAGCCUCUGCCCUUCGAGCCCGAGACCUUCGACGUUAUCCACACGCGAGCUCUUCUUAUUCACCUCCCCGACGUACGCAAGCACCUCGCACACUUCGCUACCCGGGUUCGCCCCGGCGGCUACCUCAUCGUCGAGGAGAUCUCGCUCUUCACGUCCAAGACGACGCCGCCGACGCCGCAGAGCGCGGUCUACCGCAAGGCAUGGGGCGCGUUCGUCGAUCACAUGCACAACAACGGGCAGCAGACGGAGCUGGGGAACGUCCCGGACCAGCUUCUGCGGGAUAUGGGGGACGUCUGGGAGAGCGUCGAGGGUCGCACGCUCGAGGUGCCGUUCAACCCGCUGUCCGAUGAUCCCAAUCUCAAUAUCCUUGGCAAGUCGUUGAGGACUUCGCUGAUGCGGGCUAUUAUGGCGGAGCAGAUUCCGGAGCGUGUCGCCCUGGGGUUGACGCCACAGCUGCAGGAAGAAUACGCCCGGGACCACGAUAGCAGCGACCCGGCGUCGACGACUAUCGUUCCCGUUCGCCUAUACUGGGCCAAGAAAGCCUGAUUAUCUGAUCGCUCCGUACACGGUCGAGCAUAGCAUGUAACAUUGUAGCACUUAAGAUCGAGACAUGCGCGUGUAAACUGUAAGGACUGAUAUUGGGUGCAUGCAAGUACAAAAUCACUACAAACAGGUGUACCUGAGAAAGAGAAAAAUCAAGGAGCGUGGGCGAUGCCCGCAUCGCAAAGAUGAAGUAGGUGA